GUGGAAAACGCGUUCGACGUCAGUCCAGCAGCGAUCGUGAACACGCUAAGGGCUGUCUCUUUCGGGUUUCCGCACAAACAAUAACAAAAAAAUAUUAGUUACCACCACCAUCACAAUCGCCACCAGCACUUCCUUCGCUUCACCGUGAUACCACCGUAGUUUAGAGCCACUGUAUCUGCAAGUAGGAUCAAAGAAGCUACGGAAGAACGGUGCCAACCGGGCGGCAACGACGGGGCUUUUUUGCGAGUGCGUGUGUGCGAGCUUCGAGCGACCCCCAGUAGCAGCAGCACAGUGUAGCCGCGGGGGAGUUGGAGUGGAGCGGAUAAGUGUAGCGGAUUCGUAGUUCCGUUCCGUGUGCAAUCGCGAAUCUAACGCGAACUCGGAGUGGGUGCAUCGUCGUGCGCCAGGACGGCUCUCCUUCUCUUUUUUCUUCGUCCUAAUGCGAGCAGGAAGCGUGUAAAGUUUGGUAAUUUUGGAUAUUCGGUUCGUUCAGAACGUGACCAGUGGUAAGAUAUGGCCGAGGUUCUGUGAAAUAUAGCUAGAAAAGCGCUCGGAAGGUUACAUCCACGGAUAUGAAACUGUGAUACGAGAAGUGAACGCAAUCGUAGAAGAUUUCUGAGUGGAGCGUUUAGUUUUUGGUGCAUAGUGCCAACAGUGACAUAAUUGAAACAGUAAACACGGGAGGCCCGCAGAACUCAGCAUCUUACAUCACAGGAUACGGAACUAGCUGCAAACUCCCGAACCCGGACCGCGCCAAGUCCAGAGAUGAAGCGAACACGACGCGGUCGCUAUUGGCACAUGGGCAUCGUGUUUCUGGUGUACUCCAGCUUUCGUGCGUAUUCGGCAUCAAUUGGCGACAUUACAACGCCGGGAACCGAUCUUGACGAGCUGCCCGUGGAUGAGCCAUCGAAUGUGUCACCAAACCCACUGUACCACAGCACGACACCAGCAAGCGAAAGUGAUUCGGAAGUGUCUUCGACGCCCGCUGCAUCGGUCAAUGCAACGGACGCAACUCACCACGGUCAUCCUACGUGGCGACCUAUCCGAGACGGUUGCACAGCACCUGCCAUUGAACAGUUUCCGAAGCCACUGAUGAGACCGACGAUAAGGAAGCAUGGAGGUCUCAUCAUUCAUGUGCUCGUUGCUGUGUUCACCUUUCUUGGAUUAGCCAUCGUGUGCGAUGACUAUUUCGUUUCCAGCUUAGAUAGAAUCUGUGAAGAAAUGAAGCUGUCUCCAGAUGUAGCUGGUGCUACCUUCAUGGCGGCCGGCAGUUCAGCACCCGAGCUGGCGACCGUCAUCAUAGGCGUAUUCUUCGCAAAGGACGACAUUGGUAUCAGCGGUGUCAUCGGUUCAGCUGUGUUCAAUAUCAUGUUCGUGAUUUCCGUUUGUGCACUGUGCGCCGGAACGGUAUCGCAGCUGAACUGGUGGCCUCUGGUACGGGAUUGUACAUUUUACGCAAUCUCGAUCCUAGUGAUGCUGAUAGUGAUAAUCAAUGAUGUCAUCUCUUGGGUGGAAUCGCUUAUCAUGCUGCUAUUCUAUGUACUGUACUGUGUCGCACUACAUUUCAACGGUCCGCUCGAGAAGUGGGCUCACACCUGGAAUCUUCCCAUCAAACUUCCAACCAAAGAAGAGCAAUCAGCACUGGUUACCUACAAGAAUCUUCCAGAUACAACUUACACCCAGGGACAGCAACCUAGCACUGGACCAUCCGCACCAGCACCACAACAAGAACCGCAACAACCCGUAGACCAAGGCUACCCCGCGUAUGCCGAUCCGAACACUAGCUGGGACCCAAAUGCUGCGUGGAGUGAUUCUGCCCAAGCUGCUGCUGCAGCACCGACAAACAAUUAUUCGUAUGAUCCCAAUAGUGCUUGGGGAACCGGCCAGCAAAACUAUGGCUACGAGGAUCAAUACGGACAGGAAACAGCGAAAACUCCGCAACAACAAGUUCAACCGGCAACCCAGACAACGGCAAACGUCACCACAGGAGCCGUCCAAACCACAGCGGACGAUUACUACAAACCGAAAGAACCCAGACCACAGGAAACGCGCAAUCCAUUGGAAAAACCAGUGGACGGCGGCAUACUAGCACAAAUAUCCUGGGCCAUCGUAUAUCCCAUCCAUUAUACCGCCAGGAUGACGAUGCCCGAUUGUAAAACGGAAAAGUAUAAAAACUGGUACCCGUUCACCUUCCUCGUUUCCAUGAUCUGGAUAUCGUUCUACUCAUACUUCAUGGUGUGGAUGAUAACGAUUAUCGGCUCCACCUUCGGCGUCCCUGAUACCGUAAUGGGACUAACGUUCGUAGCAGCCGGUGUUUCCGUCCCGGACGCCCUUAGUUCCAUUGCGGUCAUCAAGGAAGGAUAUGGCGAUAUGGCCGUUUCCAAUGCCGUUGGAUCGAACGUGUUCGACAUUCUCGUCUGUCUCGGUUUGCCCUGGUUCAUACAAACUGCCAUCAUCAAACCGGGAUCCCACGUCAAUGUCAUCAGCAAGGGUUUGACCUAUUCGACACUAUCGCUACUGUCCACCGUGAUCUUCUUCCUAUUCGCAAUACACUUGAACGGCUGGAAGCUAGACAAACGUCUCGGUAUCAUCCUGAUGGUGUGGUACCUGCUCUUCAUCACCUUUGCCUCACUGUAUGAACUCAACUUCUUCGGGAUAACGAAUCCCGCACCGUGUGCCACCGAUUAUUAGACGUUACCAUACAUCAUAAGUGUGUUACCCUUGUGCUCGCAACUGUACACACGAGUUGAAACGCUAGUGUACCGCACGGAAAUUUCAGAAACUUCAAAGCCCAGAAAGCGUCAUGUCCAUGACGGAUUAAUCUAGUACUAUUUAUUAUUGUUUUCGUUCUACUUCCUAUGCGAUUUAGAUUUUGCCGCCAAUGAGUACAACAGUCUGACCCCGUGGGUGAGAUUUACAUUACUUGCGGUACGUCUUGAAAGCUAUAUUAUUCACCCAAACCACACAAAAGAAAAAAACAAACCGACUGAAGUUUGCCAACGUCAUUCCAUUAGCUAAUUUAAACACAAACUGAUUGCUUCCCUUUUUUUCGUUAGCGAUACUUACUUGACCGCACACUGUUACUCGAACUUCACCUAUCACUUGUUAAUUCUUAGCUACAAAGUAGUACUAGCUCUAGAAUUGUAUUUUUUCCUAAACCGCUCCCAUACAGACACCAUGACGCUAGCAAACGUCAAACCUGCCGAUUGGUGCUAGCGGUCGGGAGGGGUUAGUAUACCAAUGCACACUGUUUGCAUGUAGCAAGGAGGAAGCGGGGAGCCACCCUUUCUCUAACCUGUAAAUACUCAGGAUUUCUGAAUAUACUCUCUAUAUAUAGGCAGCCUAAAUCUGAAACAUAGCUUUCGUCUCAUAAUAAAAAAAAAAAGUAUUAUUGUUUCAUAUGUUACUGUUAACCUUUGUUUGAAAUAGAACAAAUUAAACUGUGUUGUUAUCGCUCUAGUUCGAAUCUAAAUCAAUACACGGCUCUAUGUCUGGUCAUAUUUCCGAUAUUCAAUAUCGGUUUGCUACAAUGUUUUAAAAAUGGAGCAAUCAUUAGCAAAGAAAAUUAUAAAACAAAAGUGAAUAAAAUGCGUCAUGCAAACACCCAAAACAGCGAAUAUUAAAAAAAAAAAGAGCAGAACAGUUUUACAUAAGGAAAUCAUAGAUAUUACUAUAUUUACCAAGCAGAAGAGGGUAUUAAAAGAAUCUUAAGUGAACUAAUCUUAACUAGAUCGUUUACUCUCUGACGAUAGAUGGAACGAACACAGUUAUACUUAUUUACUGCAAUCGCAGCGAACUCUAAACUUGAAGGUUCCCGGGUCAAUCGUGUUAAUAACAAUACUAUAUUUACAAACAGUCAGCAUAACAUAACCU